AUGACUGUCCCGACGAAGCCCCGAGGCAAGCCUCAAUUCAUGGGCAAACAAGAGGGCGAAGUGACGGUGGUAAUCGAGUACGACGACACCGGAGAUCCUCAUAUAACUUCGUAUGCCGCGAUACCCUCGAUUCAGAACAAACAGACUAUUCCUGCUCUCUAUCUCUCUGCAUGUGAUAAUGUUUUUUCUUACUUACAGUCUCUGUACACUAAAGAUGCCUCGAAUACCUCAAGCGCGUCCACCGAUGCCGCAACUUGGGCUUUGAGCUUCCUAGCAGCCGCCGAUUUCCCGAUUCCCGAGUCUCGGCCAGUAGUUCCUCAUAGUAUCUCUGUUUCCUCACAAGCACCUAGUGCAACCUCAAAAUCGUCAUUUUCUCCUUCUGUUUUGCCUUACAAUAUUUCUUCGAUUUCUUCUCCGGACCUCGUAAAUGCCCUGAUAAAAUCCCAGAACUCCUAUGAUACCGUUUCAUUUGAUUUGGACUUACCAGAAUUGACACCCGUAGAUGACGACAGCGACGAUGAAGACAAAGAACCGAUAUACGAAUCAUUUGCAGGCACGAAGAAGAAGUAUAAACCAGUUGCCUUGAAGACUCGGCCAGUCCUCGGGGCCAUUGAAGAACAGUUUCAUAUUCGUCGCGACAUCAAGGGCAAUCCCCUUGAGACUAUGCUGACACUCUCGAAGCACCCACCACCAUUUAAACAAAUAUCCGACAAAUUGCACGGUGGGGACUUUCUCCUAUCAGCCGAGCGCGAGCUCAUCCACCACUUCAUGUUGCUACACAACAAUGCCUUCGCGUGGACCGACGACGAGAGAGGCUGUUUCAAACCGGCUUACUUCCCUCCAGUCGAGAUUCCGGUGGUUCCGCAUACACCUUGGGUCCAACAAAAUAUCCCAAUUCUGCCAGGACUAUACAAUGAGGUUUGCACACAGGACGAUAAAGCACUUCAUAUUGUUCACAGUCUCGAACCCCUUAACACAGUAACAAUUCAACAUUCGGAAGUCCCUCCGACACCCGAGCAUCUUGCCGAACAGUUUGGUGGCCGACCCUGCGGGGGAAUGCUUGACCUGUUUGUAGGCUACGACAAAUGCCUUAUAGCGGAGAAAUCGAGAGACCUCACUACGUUUCAGUCGCCAUAUGGUGCGCUUCGACUACAAACGUUGCCAAUGGGCUGGACAAACUCAGUUCUAAUCUUCCACGAGGACGUUACUUACAUCCUGCAGCCCAAGAUUCCCAAAAUUACAAUCCCGUACAUCAACGACGUUCUGAUCAAGGGCCUCGAGACGGAUUACGGAGGUGAACGACUCCUCGAGAACAAUGGGAUUCAUCAAUUCGUAUGGGAGCACUUCGAGAACCUCAAUCGAGUGGUUACUCGGAUGCGCUAUGCUGGAGGCACCUUCUCAGGACCGAAGAGUGUCCUGAUUGCGCAGGAAAUCAUGGUGGUUGGGCAUCAAUGCACACCAGAGGGAUGGCUACCCAACGAGUCUUGA